GCACACGAUAUGAAGAAACUCUCUGAAAAGAUCCAGUUAAAAAUUACGCUUUUUGUUGGCAGUGCCCGUGAUUGCAUUGAGGAAAGAUAAGAUGCAUAAGUUGUUACUAUAUGUAUUGUUUACCGGCACUUCACGCUACCUCCACCACACGAUGUCGUUCCAACUGAGCUCUUCGUUCAUCCUGGAAAAACAUAAAACAUGUACAAGCGAAAGAAAACCAAACAUAAUGCAUAAACACGUUUGUCUGCAAUUUCACACAUCUUUCUUCCCCAAAAAAAAAAUAAAAAGUAAAACCUACGGGUGAAAUCUCGUUAUCGCUG